AUGGAAAAUCUAGUUGACAUCAUCACGCUCGACAAUCUGGAGCAGAAACUGCCACGAUGGGAUCCUGACAACAACAAUCACCUCUACGCGCUAGUGGACAUGGGCAGCAAUGGAAUCCGUUUCUCCAUCUCAGAUCUGUCUCCUCCUCGAGCUCGUCUCUUAAAAUGUAUCUACCGAGAGAGGGCAUCCAUCUCUUUAUUUGAUGCUUUGACUGGGCCGUCCCUCGUUUUCUCCGAGGAAACUAUCAAGUCAGUCUCCCAGACGUUAGCACGCUUCAAAUCGAUCGCUGUCGACAGCUAUGGUGUCCCCCUUAAUCAGAUCAGGGUGUUUGCAACCGAGGCGAUGCGUCGUGCUCAAAAUGCCACUUCCAUGCUCGAAGCCAUACGGAUAGCCUCUCCUGGGUUAUCUGUUCACAUCCUUGCCCCUGAGGUUGAAACCCUCUUUGGGGCUGUGGGAGCAAGCUCGAGCUUUGUCAACGCGAAAGGCUUGUUUCUCGACCUCGGCGGCGGUAGUGUGCAGAUGACAUAUCUCGAUACGUCCUCUGGCAUGGACAGCAACAACGACACGACUCAUGAAAUUGCUGCCGCCCUGGCUGGACAGAGCCUACCCUUCGGGGCUGCUCGCCUGAUCAAGCUUCUCGAAGAUAGUGACGUUGAAGUACAAACCAUCGCAAAAUCAGAACUCAGUCAGGGUCUCACCAGAGCUUUCCAGACUCUAUGUGAGAGGUUUCCGUCCCUUGCAGCGAUUGCCGCCCAAGUCCAAGAAGGUGGAAAUGGAGAGACCGGUUCCGGUAUUGAUGUUUACCUCUGUGGAGGCGGUUUUCGGGGCUAUGGGAGUAUGCUGAUGCAAAAUCACCCCAUCAGCCCAUACCCCAUCCCAUCAAUCGGGUCGUUCACAGUGUCCGGAGAGCUGUUUUCCAAGACGACAACCAUGCUAAAAGUCAACAAAUCCUUUGACGGCAAGAUAUUCGCCUUCAGCUUGGUUCAUUUUAUGUCCGCCAGAUUUGGCAUCGCUUGGGGCAAGACGCUGACGCCAACGCAUCCGCGGCCCUUCACUACGCCGUCAACUUACCGGAUCAACCGGGACUCACCCAUCUCAGUCGAGCUGUACUUGGAGUGA